UAGAGUAUACUGGCAGACCCCUUAGAAAGAUGCCAUUCAUCAGUAGCUUGCCUAAUAAAUACAUUUCGUUGGAAUCCAAAGAAGAAAUAAUAUGCCCUUAGGGCUCUCCUCAGCUUCUCUGUCAACUCUCUUUGCCCCAAAUCCUGCAGACAUAGGAGGCUUGGUAUCCUAUAUAAACAUUCCUGCCUCCAGGAACAAGCUAGCUUCAAGCAAAAAGAAUCAAGCUCAUGAGACAUCCCUCCCCCCACACAUCCUACUCCUACUCCUACCCAGCUUGGACCACAGCUCCCCACAGAGCAGCUCUGGCCUCUUGUGGGAUGCGGGUGUAUUGGUUGUUGCCAUGGUGAUAGAAGAACAUUACUGUCAUGCACAGAGGAGCAGCACAGAGUGGGUCUCCCCUGCCUGGGAAACUCAGAGGAUUCAUCAGAGGUUGUUUUCUAGUUGCUUCCUCACACCACUUCAUGGGAGCCAACAACAGGAUGGGAAUAUCAAUGACUGUCUGAAUAGGAAGCCUCAGAUGAGCCCCGCAUGGAGAGCAGAGACAGGCAAGUGGAGAGUGCUAAGGCGCAGCUGCAGGAAGGAAAAUUCUGUCUGUGCAGCCGCGGGGGAUAGACAGCCGCCCGGACCUGGCAACAGCGCGGCUCUUGACGGAGCUCCGCCCACCUCCAGCGACUGCGGCUGCAUCCAGGCAACUGCUCCUGCCUGGCCUGUGAUGAAGGCAACUACGGAAUGGGCAGGAGGACGUGACACUCGCCCAGCUAUCUUUCUACCAUGGAAAUUGCCUACUUGAAACUGACACCAGCACGAAAGAAAGAAGAUCCAAAGAAUAGAGACGAGUUCCUGACAACAUUGAGCAUAUUGAAUCAAGGAAACAUCAUCAAUGCCCUGCCCAUAUUCCUUGGCACCUGAAUGUUUACCAGACACCUUCCUACCGCCAACUCCUGCAUCUCUGCUAAAGACUUCCUCCAAAGCCUUGUAAGCUUUCUCUGAACAGAACAGCAGGAUGGAAUUAAAUCCUGCUCUACAGGAACAGUUCUGAUGGCAACUGGAACACCAAUACCCCAACUCUGUCUCCUCUUGGGUGAGAUAACUCCAUAGGGAAGAGUUUUACACUGGUUCCUGUUAUUUCCCCAGCAAGAUAAGCUCCUUUUACCCAUGGUGAUAGCUGGCUUGAUAACAUGCCUUUUACUGUUUGCCUUCCCUUGCUGUCUCACUACUCCAGUCUUCAAUCUUUAUAUCAGGGUCAAAUCCAAAGACAGUCCCCUGUCCUACAUCUUUGAAAUAGACAACUAAUGCUUUCUCAAAUAUAUGUAAAGUGUUACGCAAAUGGAAUUUCCAAUCCU